UACUGCUACCCUUACCCUCCCCACCUUUAACAUAACUCCAAAUUGCAGAGUAGCAGCAAGGUACUGGAAAUGGAACAAAUUCUUCACACGAAAGAAGGGGAAGAUGAGGAAAGCUAUGCCAAAAAUUCAACAUUUCAAGUGAUACAUAUCAGAUGAAGUCCGAAUGAUUUCUCUCUGGCCCUCUAUAUAUAUAAUUCUGUGACUGAUCUCUAAAUCAGUUUCUACCCUUCAGAGAUUAGUGUUUAUGAAUUUCAACCAUGCACUCAAUCGGAGCAUUCGGGGGUUUUGUCAAGCCAACCUAGCGGAGGCAGAGUGCAUAAGAGUAGCAGAUCUGGGAUGUGCAUCGGGACCGAAUACGUUGUUAGCAGUUGAAAGCAUUAUAGACAGCAUAAAUAGAGAAUGCCAUAACUUGAACAUUCUUAAGCUACCUAAUAUUCAAGUUUUCUUGAAUGAUCUCAUGUCCAAUGAUUUCAACUCCAUUUUCAAAUUAUUGCCCAGUUUUUAUCAAAAACUUGAGGAAUCAUGUGGACGUGGUUCAAUGUCAUGCUUCAUUGCAGCUAUGCCCGGCUCUUUUUAUGGAAGACCUUUUCCUGACAACUCCAUGCAUUUUAUACACUCUUCCUACAGCCUUCAUUGGCUUUCUCAGGUCCCGAGUGGGUUGGUGACUGAGGAAGGGUUGCCACUGAACAAAGGCAAUAUUUACAUAGGUAAAACAAGUCCAAAGAAUGUCCAUGAUGCAUAUUUGGAUCAAUUUGACAGAGAUUUUACAAACUUCUUGAGUGCCCGUGCUGAUGAAUUGCAUAUAACGUUCAGGACUUACUUGGGAUGA